AUGGCGCGGGAGGAGGACGUGGACGGACGGAUCGCGCACCAGGUCGAGUACGACGGCUACCCGGAUCGGCGGUGGUGGCACAUGCUGGACGACGAGCGGUGGCGCGCCGUCCCAGAGCAGGCCGGCGCGGGCGCAGGCGGCGCUGCUGCAGACGGGGAUGGGGAUGCGGCGAUGGACCGCGCGGACGGCGAGCAGGGCGCCCGUGCCGUGGGCGACGCCGAGGCGGCCGAGGUGCGGCCGGCGCCGCCUCCCGCGCGCCGGGGUGUGCGGCGCAGCGCGCUGGCGGACGCCCUCGAGGCGGAGGAUGACGAGCGGCAGGACGAGGCUGCGCGUGGCGAUGAGCAGCCGAUGCUAGCGCCUCACGGGCCGGCGCUGUCGGUGCAGCUUCGGCGCGUGCGCCGGCAGCUGCGCGAGUUCCUGGCAACGCAGGCCGCGGCGGGGAAGAGCGUGCCGAUGCAGCGGACGGCCCUCGGUCUGCACCCGACGAUGCGGUGGACGAUCCGCUUCGGCAAGUGGCUGGCGACGACGCGAGUGAUAGCAUUGAGGGCGAGCCGGUGGCACGCGACCGAGCGGGGCGACGCGCGGGAGGAGGAGCCGACGGUGCGCAUGGGUCGCGGCGAGAACACAGGGUGUACGUCGCGCUGCAGCACAUGA